CGGACUUGUAGAUUCUUGAAGUGUGUGGCUUUAAUUAUUGACAUAACCUUUGUCAAUGUAAAGUGUCUAGUGCCAUGGCGGAUAGCAGCACAAUUAUUGAAGGAAGUGUCAAAUUCCGAGAUGGGAAAAAGUGGAAGACGAGAUGGUGUGUGAUGCGGAAACUGUCACCCGUAGCAGAUUGCCUUCACUUGCAGUUGUAUCGAGACAGCAAAGACCGCUACAAGCAAGGCCAGACCAAAGCCUCCCUCUCCCUUCAACAUUUUCUGGGAGUUUACUCCGGUUUUACGCUGGACAAAGAGUCCAACACGAUCGCUAUCAUUUGUCAAGAUGUAACCGUAGUUCUAGCCUUUGACACUAGAGAAAGACUCAUCCAAUGGCAGGUCAAGAUAGCUAACAAUUUGGGUGAAGAUGAACAGUGGCUUGUGCAGAUAUCAUCCGCCCCGCCCAGAGCCAAGGUCAGUCCAGGCCCCGCCAGGCUGCAUCUACAAGAGCACCGCUUUUGUCUCACUGUGGGGGUGCCUCCCCGACUACUCGGCCACUGGCAGAUACGACAACUCAGGAGGUAUGGACUAGUAGAGAACAAGUUCUGUUUCGAGGGAGGCUCGAGUUGUGGUAAAGGCGAAGGUCUGUACGUGUUAGUGACCGAUCAGGGGGAGAACAUCACCAGAGCAUUCAAGAUGGCUGCCGAGGGGAGACUGGCCGUCCGUAGAAGACCAUUGGCUAGGAAUAUGUCAGUGAUGACGAGCCCCCGUAGAUCACGUCUAGACCCGCGUGUGUCUGACCUAAGUUGUUUGGAUGCCCGGAGUCGUCUGUCUACAGCUGACAGUUCCGUCGCAGACAGUCACAGCCAUGAUAGUCUACUGGGUUGGCCGUCUGCAGAGCUCUGGUCAGACUCAUCAUCCGUCUUUACCUACGCUCAGAAGCCGAGCAGUUGGAGGGAGAGGGAGCGAGAGGCAGGAGAGUUAGAGAGGUGCUCCAGUUGUAUUGGCAAGCUAGGAGUCUUGUCUCGGUCUUCCACCCUUACCACCAACUACGGAGAGAGAAGACAGUUCACCAACGCCCCUCCAUCUGUAGCCAGCAACUACGAUAGAACAACAGUGUCUUCACUAGACUAUUGGAACCCUCGUAGCAGCACCCCUGGGAGGUCAAGAGCUGGCAGUGUGACAGUAGGGCGAUCCUCUACCUCUACCCCAGCCAACUGUACCCUUCACAUCAGCAGCCCCGCAUACAGCAACUACGAUGUGCCAAAACCACACAUCACCAAAGUUGAGUUGGGAGGAGGAGAGUACGACACUCCCCGCAGCAUAAAGGAGAGUCUGCCCCCGCAGUGGAUGCUGCAGACUACGGGGCCUGAGGAGCCGUGUCUCACCUGUGGGAAAACUGCACAUCACAACACUGUUGCCAGAACAAGUGUUGUAGUAGAGAAGGAUGACUCGCACACUGCCAUGUGCCCGUGUCAGAGAGUUAUGUGUUGGGCUGGUAGUUGGAUGAGGCUUCCCUAUCUUCUUACUGGAGCCUUCCGAGCCAACACUAUCACUGGCACUACAAUACAUAAAGUCAAGCUUGAUGGAGAAGGUAAAAUGCCGUUUGUCAACUGCAGAGGAGAGAACUAUACUUGUGAAACAUCCAACAACAAUCAGAUGAAUCAGUCAAUAAAUGAAGGAGCGCAAGAAGUGGAUGAAUGUAAUGAUUCAGACCUGAAAAAUUCAAAGAAUCAAUACGCUAAUAUUAAAGUAACCUCAAAAAAUGCUGCUGAUAAUCCUGAAGUGGUAAUACAAGAGCCAAAAUCUAUGUUGCCUUAUGCCAACUUGGAGUUUGCCAAAUCACUCGAAUACUAUGAAAAUUCACGUGAACUGAUGCAAAAGAAGGAUGCUAUAAAAAAUAACGUUCAUAACGGGCUUGAAAAUAUAUUAGACGUAACUAGUAAAAGUUGUUGUACAAAAUGUGGUCAUGCCUGGAGAAAUCUCCCUCCCAAACCGGGUCCUAAAAAUGAUGAUUAUUUAAUAAUGGAACCUGCAACGAAUCAUUCAACAAAAUUAAGAAGUCAACCAUCUUCUCCACUACAAUCACCUGUUCAUGAAAAGUUUUCUCAGAGCUAUCUUCCCAUGCUUCCAUUAUCAGGGAAAGCUGAAGAAAUGCAGCACUUCAGGUUGCGUCAGUUAAAUGAGAAGUCGCAAAGCACUCCGAGCUUACCAAUACCGAGAAGAAAAAGUUUUACUAAUCCGUCAAUCCACGGUUCAUCGGGUUACCACUGUAUGUCAGAAACUAGCAGUCCGUAUGUGAGGAGACGGUUGAUGACCACAAGCACAUUACCUCCAGAGAGAAAGGACCUUCUGAUACCUUCUAUAAGAAAGCGAUCGAGCUCCAUGGAUUCUUCAAGAUAUCUCGAUAAUCUGGAGAGUAUUGAAGAAAAAGUAGUCUCACCGACUCAAACUUUAGUAAACACGCCAACAAUUAGUAAUGCUACGUCUAUUGAUUCUUUAUCGGACAUUUCACUAAAUCAAAGACCAAUUCCGACAAGUAGCAGUGAACAUGUAUUAUCCCGAGUUGACAAUUCGGAAUAUGUCUCAUGCAAGUCCAGUUUGAGAGUUUUAAUCGAAGAGCAGCCUAGCAAGGCACUUGUAGAGUCUAGUAGUCAUAAUAUAAUUAAUAGUCCAAUACCACAAAUAAAGAGAUCAGCCAGUAUUCCCUGCAAGACUGUAUACAAUAGAGAUUCUUCCAGUUCAAAUGAUUCAGGUGUUUCUACUGGGUCCCUUCAGUUCCGCAGAAGGGACUUGAUGGAAUUAGAUUUUUGUUCGAGGAAAAGAUCUGUCCCUGAGAAACUGAAGAUUGUUAAAGAAAAUACUAUAAACCAAAGGCACAUUAUAAGAAAAUCCAAGUCUGUGGAUCCAUUCGAAGACAUGAAUUUUGAAUUUGAAGAAAUGAAACCUCCGGUGAAAUCUUCUUCUGCUGGAGCUUCGGUACCUGUAUGCACCACUCACACUGACGCUAAAGGCUACCUGAGUCCAGGAGGAGUUCCUUACAUAGAUUCUCACAGCACCAGCAGUGGAACUUCGGACAUGUCUGACUACAUAGAGACAUUGUCACUCUCCUCCUACACGUCUUCUGAUACUCCUGACAGCUUACAAUUGAACCACACAACAAUCAACACUAUGAGGCCAAGGUCUGGCAAAGAGUAUCACACCAUCGACAGGUUCAAUCUCAAACCUCAGAUCAGUCAAACAUCAGGAAUCAAGACUUGUGGAACUAUAAAUGAAAUGCAGCAUACCAACUCGCCAUAAACUUGAAUAGAUUUUUACCAAGAGUAAUCAAACCUACUUAUAAUUAAUAAUUAUCAAACCUACAUAAGUAAGAAGGUAAUUGAUAAUUUUUAAGGAAAUUGACAGGAAAUCAGCUUUACCAAAAGUCCAUGGAGACACAUAUAAACAACACCAAAGCAGUUGUUUACAAUGUCUCGCUACUUUUGUGUUGUUAAUACGUGUCUCUAUGGACUUAUUUAGAUGUAAGCCUGCUUUCCUUUAAAUUUCCUAAUAAACCAUUCCUGGCUAAUACUCUAUCUUUUAAUUAGAUAACCUUAAAGUAUUUGAUAAGAAAUGGAUAGUGUUUAUUGUAGGCUACAAUAAUGACCAAAACUAUGUGUUUAAUUAAUGUUUGUCAUCAUUGCAGAUUGUAGCUAACCUGACAAUCAAUGAUUACCUAACACAAAAAAACUGAAAAUCUGAAACUCAUAAGUUUAUCCUGCUGUUGUGUGUAUGAGUAAUUUGUUUGGAUAUAAAAUUUAAACAUAAAGAAAAGACAUGCUCAAGAAAUUAAAUCCCGAUUUAGUUUGUUCAUUAUAAAUCCAAAACUUUAACUUAAAUUUGCUUAUUUCAUCUAACAUGGCCCAAUCCUGGAGAGCCACUAUUAUUGA